AGACGCACAAACACUACGACGCGAGCGUCAAAGCAGUGAAAGGUUUUCUGUCAUCUGUCGUUAGUCGUGCUGCGAUACCUGUGAUCUACUGAUGUCCACUUAUUUAUUUUUAUUUAAUACAUUAAUUCCUGACUUUGUAUAAUGUUCAAAUUAAUCGCUUUAUCUCGGUAACACAGACUAUAGUGUAUUCUAUAGGAGUAUGGUUAUGAAAAAGUGCCAAAAGUGUAACUAAAACAAUGUUUGCCUGCUUUAGAAAUUGCUUUGAUAAUUUUGGGCUUGUUACUGCUCAACAUGAGCCCCAAAAAGAAGAAAAUUAUAUUUGUCUGGACACAAAUAAUAUGGGGCAAGAAGUAGUAGUAGUAAAAAAUUGUGGACGAGUAUGUGGUCGGGGAGCAGUAUUAGGAAAUGCUCCAUUAGUACAAAGCAAAAGUUAUUUUGAAGUAAAAAUACAACAAGAAGGAAUAUGGGGAGUAGGCAUUGCAACAAGGUCUACAAAUCUGGACACAAGCGUGGGUGGAAUGGAUGCUGAAAGCUGGGCUUUUAAUUCAGAUGGAGUAAUACGACACAAUAAGGAGGAGUUGCAUAAAGUGCAAAAUUUGCCUCAGGAAGGAGAUAUAAUCGGUAUCUCUUAUGAUCACGUAGAACUGAAUUUUUAUUUGAAUGGAAAAUCAAUGGAAGCACCUAUUAUGGGCAUCAAGGGAACGACUUAUCCUGUACUUUAUGUGGACGAUGGUGCAAUUUUAGAUUUUAUUUUAGAAAAUUUUGCUCACAGCCCACCAAUGGGUUUUGAAAAAAUUAUGUUGGAGCAAUCUCUGCUCUAGAAAACUAGUGCAUUUUCUCUAAACAACUACAUUCCUUCCGAUCAUCCAUCCACAUGUGUACAUUUGAGCAGUGUGAUUAAUCUUCAUUUUGUUUACAUCUAAAGCAUAAUCAAUAUCAAAGGAAUGAACCUAACUAAUGAUUGAAUCAUUAAGAAUGUACUAAAACAUACAUUUUCAAAGUUCCUCUACCCUUGGUAUUGCUGCAUGCUAAUGUCUUCUCGCAACGAAUAAAUUUUAAUUGUCAGAGAGCAAAUAUAAACACAGUGUGUGAAUAUAUUAACUUAAGUGUAUGCAGUACAUUGUAAUAUAACAAAAAAUACUGUUGAUACAGAAAAAAUAUUUAUCGAUAUAUAAUAUACAAUUCUAUUUAAUCUGUGCUGUUGUAUAAAAAAAUUAUUUUUACCACAAUGUGAUGAAGGUGAAAAAAAAUGGAAGAGAUUUCAAAAUCAAAAUACUUGAGAAUUCUCAGGAUUUAUUAAAAGGUUUACAUAAUCAAACAACUUUUAAUCAAGCUGCCACGUAUUACAAUAACUAUAUAUUUUCUUAUUUUUAUAAUAGUAGUAUACUGAAAUCUUAAAUAUAAUAUAUAUAUAUAUAUAUUGUAUACGUGUAUACAAUUCAUAUAAGAUUUUUUAUAUCCAGUAGUUCAGUAAUACUUAGAUCUAUUCGAUACAUUAUUUACACUCGCAUAAACAAGAUAUAAAUGGCUUAGACCUUUUUGUUCACUUCAUUAGGCAUAUGUCAUGGGUUCGUUGACCAUUCAUCUCAAAUUUGACUUUCUUAUUAUUAUUAUACAUUCCCUAAUGGACAGAUAACUAUUCUAAACAAGUGCAACACCCUGUUAAUAACACAAUUUUACAUAAUGUGUAAUUAACAAUUCUAAUGAUUAUAACAAAGAAUUUUAGUAAGUAUCAUUUUCAGCAACUAGAUCAAAAAAGUGGGUUACAUGCUUCCUCAGUCUGCCAUUAGUUUUGCCAAUAAACUUUUAUUAAGUGUCAUUUAAAUACUAGUUUUCAAAUGUUGCUUUUUGUGAACCUUGGAUUCACUUAUGGCACUGUUAUGGUAUUUUGAAACCUGCUCAAAUCAGAUGUGCAAUAGUUGUUAUUUACUUUCUCAGUAAAUAGAAUUUUCAAUCAUAAAUCAAUUUCAAAAAAUAAUUUUUAACUCGUUUGCCUCAUUUUCUGGCAAACUUUGUACAAUAUACAGAGAAUAUAAAUUCCGCAGAAAAAAAUUUUAGCAAAAAAAAAAAAAUAAUAAGUAGAAUGAUUAAAGUGUAAACUUUUAAAAAGUCCACAUAAAAGUCUUUUAAUAAAUGUCUUUGGUCCUUAAUAUUAUCAAUAUUUUCCAAAAACAGUAAAACAUUGUGUAAAAAGAAGAAAAUUGUAUGUAUGGUAUACGUUUGUUUAAGAUCUCUUUUUUAGGAGCAAGCAAUUAAAAUAAUUGAUAUUCCACACAAUGGCAUAACAAUUAUUGCUACUGUGUACUUACUUUAAAAAUUUACUACUACUAGAAUGCAUAACAAGAUUUCAAACUCAAAAGUUUGUUCAAGAUACCAUAAAAUUGUUAAAAUCGUUCAAAACAACAUGAUUAGAUAAACUUACUUAAAUCAAAUCUACAGUGUAACUACAAAAUAUGUUAACAUUUCUUAGCAAUUUUUCGACAACUCAAACCGGAAAGAUCGCACUUGAUAAAAAAAUUCAUCAGUAUUUAAAAGAUAUUUGCUUUAUGUUACAGUUAGGUUUAUUAUAAUAUUCCAAUCGUAUGAAAUAACUACUCUGGUAACCUAUAGUCUUAUUGCACGUAUCAACGUUCACUGUUGAGUAUUAGUUAUUAUCCUAUGUGAUAGUACAACUUUCUUAUUUUUGCUUACAUAAACUUUAGGCUGUUUCGAGAGCGCGAUUUCUUUUAAAAUACAAUUCAUUGAUCGUUCCGCAAAUAAAUCACAAAGAUUUGUAAAAUUUGUACAGUGGUAAAGCAACAUUUAUAAAAAAAUAUCGGGAUAAAAAUAGUUUAAAUUUUAUCGAAUAAUGUUCAUGAAUAACUCUUGAUUAAAAAUCGUUCUUUAACACUAUGCUUCUGCCGUUAAGAACUGCCAGUUUUAUGAUCAAUCAGAAUCCUUAUGAAUCAGAUAAAUGAUAGAGUUAAUUCAAAUCGUAACAGAGACUCCACAUAAAUAAAUGAUGUUUUGAUU